UCGCUCUGUUGUAGCUGGAGGGGAUUCCUAUCCACUCUGCCUCGCGUCUCCCAGCCAACAACUGGAACUGAGCUGAAUAAGAACAAAUCUCAGACAACAGCCUACCUGACAUUGAAACAAAUAGGAACCUCCUGGACUAUUACUUAACUUUUGUUGGUGGACCACGUGUAUUUUGAGGGAAACAUGCUUCUGUACCCUGACCUUCUGGCCCUGCUCUUCCUCCAGCUUGCCCUCUCCAGCCCAUGGACACUAGCCUCCCGGCUGCCUCCUCUCAGAGGAAGGAGUCCCUCCAGUAAGGGCUUACAGGGGGCUAGGGCCCCCAACCAGAGGCAACAGUCUGGGGAGCUCAGCACCACCGUCCUGUUCCUGGGGGAGCCCUGUGGGGUCUACACCCUGAGCUGUGCCCGAGGACUCCGCUGCGCCCCACCACUGGGAGACCCCAGCCCCCUCCAGGCCCUUCUGCAGGGCAGGGGAGUCUGUGGCAACGCCAGUGAACCCAGCCCUUCUGAUAGUCCCCAGCCCAAAGCCACACACCCGACACUGACUGAAAACCUGGAGAAGGCUCCGUGUCGUAGGCUGCUGAACACUGUACUUAAAGGUCUUGAGCCCAUGGUCUUCCAGUCAGACCGUGGCGAUAUCUAUAUGCCCAACUGUGACAAGCGUGGUUUCUUCAGAAAGAAACAGUGUCGGUCGUCUCGGGGCAUGCACCGCGGUCACUGCUGGUGUGUGAAUGAGAGUGGCAUGCCAACAUCAUCACACACAAGUCCAGAGGGCACCCUGAUCUGUGACAAUGUAUGAGAGGGCACUGCCCAGUCCAACACACCCUGAAGUCUGGAAUAUUGACCAAUGGGUGAGGAUCGAGAGGAAAAGCAAGAUGAGGAGAAAAGAGAGGGAUAGAAGAAGAACAGAAGAGCUGCCCAAAGUGCUGGACACUAAAUGGCCAAUACAUGCACAAUUCACCCAUCUAUAUCCCAAAUGGCACCCUUUGUAGGGAAUAGGGUGCCAUUUCAGAUGCAUUCCCUACUACACUACUACCUACAAGCACAUCUUUCCAAUUGCAUUUCUCGGGCAGGUCAUUCGCUUUAUUUAUCCCUGUAUGUUUGGUCUCACAGCGCCCUCUAGUGAUGAGUUGUGAUACAGUUCAAACCAGAGAUUAUUUACUAAAUAGGCUUCACCUGAGUUUAGACUGGAUAGGUAUGGAAUUAUUGCACUUUUUAGUUUCAACAUCUGUACUCUGUGUUAUAAAUAUGCAGAGUUGUGAGUUAAUUUUAUAACCUAACUCAAAGUGGGUAGACCUGUAGUAGACUACAUCCCCAAUCCCAUUCACCCGCUGCGUCCCAUGACAUUCUAGGCCAAGGUACGAGGUCGACAGCCUGCUGGUUUUCUGUUCUACCUGAUAAUGAAUUGCACACACCUGGUGUCCCAGGUCUAAAUCAAUCCUUGAUUAUAGGGGGACAAUUAAAAAAUGCAGUGGAACUUGCUUCGAAGUCCAGAGUUGAGUUUGAGGGGUCUAGGCCUAGUGAUGAGGAUUGUCUCUGAUGAUGUUACCACUGUCGCUCUUAUAGUUCUGAAACUAUGCACUUAAAUCUGACAUUCUGAUGUUCAAACUCCAGGACCAAGAACAACUGGAGCACCUCCAACCUUUUUACUGACAUUAUAGCUGAGCAGACAUGUUUUUAGAGUAUAAGAUAUAGUCUUUUUAUAUACAUAUAUAAAUUAAAACCUGAUGUAUUAUUUAAUUAUCAGUAUGUAUUUUUCAUAACAAAUUGUAUAUUUUAUUUAAGUGUUUUUUUGUCUUCUAUUGGGCAUGACAAAACAUUGUGUUUUGAACUGUACCUGCUGAACAUGAUAUUUUAUUGAUGUAAUUAUUUAUGUUGACAAUCUUUUAUACUUAAGUAAAUCUGACAUUUUAUCAAUAAAAGCCUCUGAGUGGAAA